UUCCCCCGUUUUGCUGACCGUGUGCGUUGUGUGUUGCUGGCCGUACCUUGUAAUGGAUAUGUGGUUUAAUUAAUUUGUGAUUUAGUUGUUCUUUUAUUGGAAAACAAAAUUUUUGCGGUAGAAAAUCAAGAAAACAAAAUGGCGGUCGUUUCGUCAAAAUGGUUGCUGACCCUCCUCUUCGUAGCGUGCGCGAGCGCAGAUGAUAUUGACGUAGAGCUGAGCACGGGAAUCAUGCUGAAAAUGCUCAGGGAAAUGGCGAAUCAGACGAAGAGCGACACGUUAAAUUUACCAGCGAAUGCAACUUCCAUUAGAGAAAAUAUUACAGACACAUUCAGCUGCGAGAAUCGAACCUACGGCUACUACGCUGACGUGGACAACGAUUGCCAACUGUUCCACGUGUGUCUACCAUCGCAGACUCCUUCGGGACGCAACGUGACAUACAAAUGGAGUUUUAUAUGCCCCAGCGAGACUGUCUUCAAUCAGGUAGUUCUAGUCUGCACAAGGCCCAUCGAUUCAAUACCAUGCGAAGAAUCGGAAAUGUACUACGAUGUCAACGACGAAUUUGGCAAAGUAACAAACGAUACAAAAACAGAAGAGGUUACAACUGAGAAGAACAAAAGCGCACCGAAAAAAGACAGAGUUCGUAAUCAUCUAAGUCGAAAACAGAAUAUCAUCGAUAUACGCCAACAUAAUAUUGUACCUGAAGAGGUAUUGAAAGAUAUAGUAGAUGAGGAGUUAAAUAAGGAAUAUAUUGAUGUAGAAAAGGAUGCCGAAAUGAAUCCAAAUAUUCCUAUUGAUAUUGAAAUGGAAAUUGAACCUCAAAUGAUGAGUAAUAAGGACGAUAUUGCUGUAGAUGAUGUUGAUUCAAGGCUAGCAUCAGAAAGGAGUAUGAAGUUUAGGGGUAGAAGGGUUGGAAGAGGCCAUUAUAAAUACGAUCCCCACGCGUAAAUUUAAUUAUCAGUUAAGUUUUUAAAUGUUAGUUUCUGAACUGUAAAUACAUGGCGUUUAGAAGAA